AUGGUUCUAUGUAUUCUUAUCUGUUAACACUUGUAUAACCGUUCUUAGCCAUAAGCUAUAAGGUCUCAUGUUGUACCCAUAACAGUCAAUAUUAUUUAUUUUAGAAAGAAGUAUAACGACCGAAUAGCGCACUGGUUAGUAACUCUAAUUGUUAUGCUGAGGGUUCGGGGUUCGAUCCCCGGCCGGGGCAGAACACUUAAUUGCACAACUGUUAGAGUUACUAACCAGCGCGCUAUUCGGUCGUUUAUUUCUUCCUUCAUUAAAUAAUAUCAAACACAACACUUCACCUAUACAGAUGUCAAACGUAUAACACCUCUCUUUCCAAUUGUGGGUAAUGGUUGCACAAAUGCAUUUCAAUAAACGUGUUCCGGUGUUAUAUUUCAUUAUUGCAAAAUAUGUCGGUUUACCUACUCGAAAACAUCUAUUUUGCAGAGAUUGCAAUUUUCACACACUGACACACAUCUACAUUGCACAGUUCACAAUGUCAUAUGACUAACUCAAUGAAAACCUAAGUAAGCCUUAAAGUGCAGUGUUAAGGUUGAAAAUUUAAUAUUAUUAAGUAAGACUUAUUAUUUUAUAUAAUACAACCAUAAUGGUUUUUAAAUAAUUAAUUAUUUUUUGGCUGUCCUUUCUUCGCUCAGCCAUCACCGUGCCUGUCUGUGCGCUCUGUAAAACCCUUCAGUUUUUCUUCAGUCAUUCCUUAAGUGCUGUUCGUGGUUCCUGUGAAAAUCUAUCAACAUCCUGAAACAAUGUCUGACUCAGAAUACGAAAGUGUCGUCUCGCUGCCGCACACAUCCAAAAGCAAAACUGCAGUCGCGGCCCCGAACAAACGGAAGAAUAACUCAGCAGAACCCCAAAGGACUAAUAAGAAGAAGAAGACCAGUGGCACAAGCAAACUGGACAUAUUCGGGAUUUUGGAUGAAGCUGAAAACCUAGCAAGCAGAGCAGCGCCGGACAACUACCCUAUAUCGUCUAGCUUCGUGUCUCGCGUGGCCAACGGCUCCGUACGAAAGAGCUUAAUUAACGACGGUGAAUUUUAUGUUGAGCUAAAAGUGUACAACACACUUGACGCUAAAACCUCUAAGCCUGAGGAACGGUGGAAAAAAGCCCUGUUCAAUCUGAAACUGCUGACUGAGCAGGACGGCGAGCCGUGGCAGGCGCUGCAGAAGUUUGUCAGGGAAGCGCACUCCGUGUUCGGAGACUGCGAACCUGUUUACUAUAGCGAAAAAAUUCAUAUUAAGUAAAUUCAUCAACUUACCACCGUUUUUUAACUAUUGAAGUUUUUUAAUAAAUAUUAUACUUAUUUCAUUUAAUUUUUAUAAUUUUUAUUUUUUUCAUUUUUUAAUUAGGUAGGUUUUUCCAUUUCCAUUUUACUAUAGCGAUUUUUUUAUAAAGUAAUUAACUUAACUCAACUGUUGAAUAUUAUUUCAUUUAAUCAAUAUAAUAUUUCAGUCAUCGUUUAACCAUAAGUAUAUCGAAAAUUCAUAUUAAGUAUUUAUCAACUUAACUUAACUUUGAAGUACCUAAUUUAAAAAUAUUACUUAUUCCAUUUAAUUUGAAUAAUUAUUUCCUUUAAAUAUUUCAGUUAGCUAGGUACCUAUUUCCAUUUUUUAUUUCAAGCCGUUACCCAAUAAUGCCGUACUGUACCGUUUGUCGUUCAUCAAUUGAUAGGAAAAAAUGGAUAGGGCAUUUACGUAGUACUUUACAUAAAAACAUCGCUGCGAUAUCUGUAUGCGAUGGGGUCGAGAUGAUCAAUUCAGCUUUCAAGUCCCGUAUAGCCACAUAUAGGAUUACAGCUACCAGCGAGUUUGAACAAAACUCUGUAGAUAACUUUUUUGAUUCAAUUCGAGCCAAGAUAAAGGACCUUUUUGAUAAAUGUUUACAACUGCAUACUUGUAUUAAAGUAAAUAUAGAACUCUUCUCAUUGUUUUUAAUGUUCAAAAAUGAUUGUCAGGAAAUAAAAUCAUUUGGAACAAAAAAUCAAAUUUUAUAUCUUAAUUAUGACUUUGAUUCGAAGUAUUUAAACUUGGUAAAUGAAGUUAAGAAAAAAAUUGAAGAAUUUCAAGAAAGGGAUAGUGGUUGGACAUUUCUUAGUAACUCGCAUCUCGAGAUUAAUAUCAACAAAUAUCAACCGCUGCGAGGUGCUAGCUAUAUAAAUUUGCCUAAGUUUAUAAAAAAUAAAAAGGCAUGUUUAAAUAUCGAGAACAAUGACCCUUACUGUUUUCUUUGGAGUGUGGUGGCAGCCCUAUUUCCCGCUCAGAAACAUCCUGAACGAGUAUCGUCUUACCCUGAUUUUAGAAAAGUUUUCAAUAUUGAGGGGAUGUCUUUUCCAGUAGGAUUUUCGGAUAUAACUAUAUUCGAAAAAAACAACCCUACCAUUGCGGUAGUUGUGUAUGGACUGAAAGAUGGGAAGACUAUUUCAGGCCCCUUGUAUAGAUCAGAGACAUUAACGGGUAAGACCGUAAUCCAUCUAUUAUAUAUUGAGAACGACAAAACAUCUCAUUAUUGUCUUAUCAAAAAUUUAACUCGUCUAGUGAGAAGUCAAAUAACUAAACACCAUCAAAAGUUACACAUUUGCGAAAGUUGUUUAUUAUUUUUUUCCACCCCUGAACAAGCUAACACUCACUUAUGCAGUGGAGUAGCUACCGAAAUACCAAAAGAAGGGAGUUUUUUGCAGUUUAAAAACUAUGAGCGAAAACAAAACAUGCCUUUUGUGAUUUAUGCCGACUUAGAAACAAUGCUAGUCAAAUAUGAGGGCUGUGAGAAUGACCCUAACAUCGCUAGUACAUCCACGUUGCAACGUCACGUGCCGAUAGCGUUUGCGUACCAGAUAGUUUGCACACUUGAUGACUCAUAUGAUAAGUUUGUUAGUUACCGCGGUGUUGACUGUAUUGCAAGGUUUAUCGAAUGUUUAAAUCGUGAUGUACGUAAAAUUCAUAAAGUGUUGAAAAAAACUAUCGUGUUCGUGAUCAUUGCCAUAUCACCGGGAAAUAUCGCGGUGCAGCACAUACCCAUUGUAAUUUACAGUUUAAACAACCUAUGUUCGUUCCCGUAGUAUUUCAUAAUUUAGCGGGGUACGACUGCCACUUGUUUAUAAAAGAGCUAGCUUUAUCACCUGGCCCUGUAAAACUUAUACCUAAAACGAAGGAAAACUAUAUUUCGUUUACGAAAUACGUGCCGAUAUCCCAAGAUGAGAGCAUUCAAGUUCGUUUUAUCGAUUCCUUUAAAUUUCUGGGGACCAGUUUAGAUCAAUUGGCGAAAUCAUUAACGAAAACUCAAUUUCAUCAUUUGAGAAAACAUUUUCAUGACGAUAGUGCAUUUGAU